ACGUUGUCUACAUAUGGCAUGCAGCCAUGCACCGAUAUGUUGUUGACCCAAUCGAAUGAGCAUAAUCAGCGAAAUGGAUGGCAUCCAUGAAGCCAAACUGGCAAUCUUUCGUGAUACAGUGGAAUUAACGGGGAUCAAUUCGUAUAUGCUGAUCUUCAUAAGAAACUCCGCCAUUUGCAUACAGGACAACCUUGUGUGUUGAGAUGAUGUUAAUCGCAGCUAUUGCCUUCAGCCAGGCUUAACUUUUUCAGGGUAAGACUGCUUCAACCAUUUGGUUCUUUGGUCCAGCAAACUGUGCCCUACGCACAGUUCUUACAAGGAUGAAUUAUUUGCUGCCAUUGCUAAUUCAAUACCAGAUCGUUGUAUAAAACACACACAGCCGGGAUGCAAAAAACGCGGUCUUGAACAAGAGAUCAUGCGCUAAUUGUGGCGAAAUGGUGUCACUGCAGCAGUGAAAACCACCCAGAAAAGCGGACAGAUUCAGCAUCCAGCCAGCCACACAGCAGAAUCUCGUCGUUCAAACUAUCUGAAGAAUCUGCACAUCUCCCGCUCCGCCCUCGCAGACCUUUUCGCCCCUCAAUUCCCAUAUAGCUCUCGCCCACCUUCCACUUGGCCUCUGUUGAUUUCUCCCCUCCCCGUGGACACGGCGCGCGCGAGCACCCGUACACUAAACUCGCGCCACUGCGUUGUCUCGAUCACCGGCCGUCGAGAUGGCGACGGAGGCGGCGCCGGAGUGGCUCGACAAGGGAGACAACGCGUGGCAGCUGGCGGCGGCGACGCUGGUGGGGCUGCAGAGCGUGCCGGGGCUGGUCAUCCUCUACGGCAGCAUCGUCAAGAAGAAGUGGGCCGUGAACUCGGCCUUCAUGGCGCUCUACGCCUUCGCCGCCACCUUCGUCUGCUGGUGCCUCUGGGCCUUCCGCAUGUCCUUCGGCGACCGCCUCCUCCCCUUCGUCGGCCGCCCCGACCUCGCCGCGCUCGACCAGGCCUUCCUCACCCAGCAGGGCUUUGCCGGCGCCUACCCGGCCGCCACGCUCCUCUUCUUCCAGUUCGUCUUCGCCGCCAUCACGCUCAUCCUCGUCGCCGGCUCGCUCCUUGGCCGCAUGAACUUCCGGGCCUGGAUGCUGUUCGUGCCGCUCUGGCUCACCUUCUCUUACACCAUCGGGGCGUUUAGCCUCUGGAGCCCCAACGGGUUCCUCUUCAAGGCCGGCGUCAUGGACUUCGCCGGCGGGUACGUCAUCCACCUCUCCUCUGGCAUCGCCGGCUUCACCGCCGCCUACUGGCUUACAAUCAUCAAUGGGCGGCGGCAGGUCGGUCCGAGGACGGCGAAGGAUAGGGAGGCGUUCCCGCCUAACAACAUCCUCCUGACGCUCGCCGGCGCCGGGCUGCUGUGGAUGGGGUGGACGGGGUUCAACGGCGGCGCGCCGUACGCCGCCAACAUCGACGCGUCGGUCGCCGUCGUGAACACACACUUCUGCACGGCCACCAGCCUCCUUGUCUGGCUCUGCCUCGACUGCCUCGUCUUCGGCCGCCCCUCCGUGAUCGGCGCCGUCCAGGGCAUGAUCACCGGCCUCGUCUGCAUCACCCCGGCCGCCGGGCUGGUCCAGGGCUGGGCGGCGAUGCUCAUGGGCGUCGCCUCCGGGAGCGUGCCAUGGUGCACCAUGAUGGUGCUGCACAGGCGGAGCCGGCUCCUGAAGCGCGUCGACGACACGCUCGCCGUGCUCCACACCCACGGCGUCGCCGGCAGCCUCGGCGGCGUGCUGACGGGGGUCCUCGCGGAGCCGCGGCUCUGCCGCCUCUUCUUCGGCGACGACCCCCGGUACGUGGGCCUCGCGUACGCGGUGAAGGACGGCCGCGCCGCCGCGGGGCUCCGGCAGGUGGGCGUGCAGGUGGCCGGGAUCGCCUUCGUCGCGGCGCUCAACGUCGGCGUGACGAGCGCGGUGUGCCUGGUCGUCCGGCUGCUCGUGCCGCUCCGGCUCGGCGAGGAGCAGCUGGCGGCCGGCGACGACGCGAUCCACGGGGAGGACGCGUACGCGGUGUGGGGCGACGGCGAGACGUACGAGCAGUCGGUGCACGGGAACCAGGGGUACCCCAUGACGGCCAAUCCCGUGGCGUCCAAAGCCGACGAGAUGAUAUGAUCAUUCCACGGUUCCAGCUCCCAAGUGUUGUUUGUAUAGUUACGGGUAGUACUCGCUUCUUGAACUUAGGCGCUGUUGGUGGUGAAAUGUUAAAGUGGAUCGUUCCAAAAUGCAAUAGUAGUCGGUUUCUAUCUUCUUGCCCCAGCAUCUCUUUGUAGCAUCAGUAUUAGCACACUUAUAAUUCGGAACGAAGGGAGUAGUAUGCGUUGAAGGUUGUACAGCGAAAUUGUUGUAAUUUUGUUGUCGCAUCAGUGAUUGAGUUGUAACGUAAACAAGAAAAUAUAAGUGAACAAAAAUAUGUACUAUCU